AUGGACCCCCCGGCUUCUGGCCCUAGUCGGGCUGUGGUGACACCCCAAGAACAGCGUGCAAUAGACUCAAAGCUGCAGCAAGUCCUCCGCUUACCGGGAAAUGAUUGCUGCGCAGAUUGCGGCGCGAGGCACCCUAGAUGGGCCUCUGUGAACCUCGGGGUAGUGAUCUGCCUCGAGUGCAGCGGAGUUCACAGGAAGAUGGGGGUACAUAUUAGCAAGGUUAAGAGCGUCACGCUGGACAGAUGGACAGCACAAUGGGUUGAGACACUCGAGGCCAUUGGAAAUGACGUGGCGAGGAAGUAUUAUGAGCACGCGCUGCCCCAGGAUUUCAAGAGGCCGUCGCGCUCAGAUGACCCGCACUCUAUUGAAAAUUGGAUUCGCACAAAAUACGAGCAAAAAAAUUACGCACCUAAAGAUAUCCCAGAGCCAUGGACUCUCGUCGCUGAAGGAAAGGAUCCCAAGACGGCUCUGCCUUGUGCUGCCGCAGAAAAGAAGGCUACAAAAAGCCGCAAGGAUUUAAAUGCGGAAUCUGGAAAAGGAGCUGCCUCUGUUGGCCCCGCCAUACCUUCCAACGAGACUUGCCUUUUGGCGGAGGUUGAAGAUUUUAGCACCUUCAGCCCGCAGCCAGCUGCCGCAGCAGACACUGCGGAACCAGGUACUUCAAGAAGAGCAGCAUCAACAGUUGCGGCAGCAGAGCCACAACUGAGCUCCACUGACCAGCGUUUGCAACAGGCAAAAGCAACAAUAGCCCGCCUUUACGCGGCUCCAAAUAAGCUUGGUUUCGGAAAUGCAGGGCAGCCACCAGUUCGCCCUGAAGGUUUAGAGAGCCUCUCGUUCUUCGACUCCCCGCAGCAGCAGCAAGGACCGAUAGCAAACUGGGCUACUUGGGGUGGAAUUGAGAACUCUACCACUGCACCAGAUUCCUGGCCUCAGGCCCCUGGGACCACUGGGGCCCCCACAACGGUCAGUCCGUUUCUCAGGGGGUCUGCAGGAUUGGCUGCUCCUUUCAUCCCAGCCUUCUGCGGGGGCACUGCUGGGCCUCCUGCCACCACUUUACCGGUGUUGCCCUGUUCAACGGCAGCACCUACAGCGGAUCCCUGGGCUUCCUGUGGCACCAGACUGAACGGACAGGCGACAUGCAAUACCACACAAGUGACCCUCACAGACGGCAAUAAAAAUGUGCGUCAAAAAAGUGCAGGCGCUGCUUCUUUAUUCCUCGGCAAUGAUGUGCACUCCGCGUUGAGUUCUUUAGAUGCAUUUGCCCUGGUGCGGAAAGUGCAGCUUCCAUCCGGCCAGACUUCCUCCUCGGCUCCCAAUGAUUCAUCUCAAAAGUCGCAGCAGCAGCAGCAACGCGAAACUUCCCUCAUUGGAGGUGAGAGGGAGGGACGACAACAAAUCAAAGGCGGCACAGAAGCUGCUGUUAAUGCUGCUUGCCAAAUGGCGGGCUACGACUUUUGA